AUGGUGUCUGAAGAUGAAGAGCGAGAUUCAAACGGGCAUUCAGAGGCCUCGAAAUUAGACGAUAAGACUAAGUUGAUCAAAACGCAGCAACAGCUGCAGCAGCAACAACAACAACACAACCAACAAAAAGUACACCAGAAUGGAUUACAGGGACAGCAGCGCUUUAGAAGCAAAAAUCCGUUCAAAAAGCUGUUUGGGCGCUCCAAGUCCCACCAGAUUUAUGCUCCCGUUGCUUCGCCAGCGAUUGGCUCUCCGGGCUCGUCGCUACUGAAACAGGCGACAGAAGCUCCGAUGGUACAGGGCGGAACGCGGUCACGUGGUGCGUCUUUUAAUAACAGGUCUUCUACAGGCCUGCCGUCUAUGGCUAUGCACAAUUCGAACCCGUUUGCCAAUGGAUCCCGGAAGCCUAAUGUUGAAUCUCCAUUUUCUGUAUUGGGGACUGGAACGGACGUAGCAUCGCCGCGCAAUGCCGGGCCAUCAACGAGGAACACAUCGCAUAACUUUGCUGGUAGCAGCAUCUGCACGCCGACCAUCACUGCGCAAUCAUCACGUAGUAUAAGUUAUUAUCAAACAGAGGGUAACUGCAAGCAAGAGAAAUUGCUUCCGUUGCCGGUCCGUAGCCCCAAUGACCAGCUCCCCCCAUACUUGCAGCAGCCGAGUGUUUUAUUGACGGAUAACUUUUCUUUUUACUCAUCCCCGGAGGGUGAGAAACGCAUUAUUGGUGAAGGUGGUUCCAGCCAGGUGGUAUCGAUUGUUUCUAAUUACCGGCGUUCGCAUGUAUAUGCGCUGAAGCGGUUCAAGAUGUUUGGGUAUGAGGAACCAGACGAGUUCUACAAUCGGUGUAUUCGCGAGUACUUGCUUGCGAAAAAGCUGGACAAUCAUGUAAAUAUCAUCAAGACUUUCUAUAUCAUGAAAGUCCCAUCGUCGGCUACUGUUGGUGUGAAGAGAAGCUGGGCUUUCAUCAUGCAGCAGUGUGUUCAAGACGUAUAUUACUUUACCACAUUAUCCGGUUGGGCGAAUAAAACGCUGGAAGAGAAGUGGUGUUGUUUUAAACAGAUUGCUCGCGGACUGAAACACAUGCACAGCCUAGGUAUUGCUCACCGUGACUUAAAACUAGAAAACGUCCUUGCUACAGAUUACAGUGCUUUAAAGCUCACAGACUUUGGGGUUUCAACAUAUGGUAUUAAGGAUCCAGAUGAUCCCACAAGUCCACGUAUUAAGUUGCGUGGGUUUUGCGGCUCUCCUCCGCACGUCUCGCCAGAAGUGAUGAUUUUAUCAUCCGAGAAGCGUAGGAAGAACGAAGUACCUGAAGACAAGCUUGAAUAUGACCCUUUUGCCAUGGAUAUGUGGGCUCUAGGCAUGGUUCUCUACACGCUAGUGAUACCUAAUCCUCCCUUCGCCGAGGCACACAAGGACGACAGCCGCUACAGACAUUUUGUAUUCUUCUACGAGCAGUUUUGUCGCUGUAGCCCGAACUUUAAGAAACCAAAUACUUACAAACAGGGUCCUGGAGCAGAGCAUCCAGAGUUCUCCAAAUUUCAAAGCACCGAUGCUACAAGAGUGUGUUUAAGAUUGUUGGACCCUGAUCCUAAUACCCGUUAUACUAUGGAAGACUUAUUUAACGACCCGUGGUUCCAGCAGAUAGAAACUUGUGUUGACGAGGGCCUUGAUGAGCCUGUAAAGCUUCCAGAGCUCAGAAAGACUACAGAGGGAAGUGACUCUCCGUAUGCACACGAUAUCUCCCCAAGCGACGAGGAGAAUUCACUCUCAAUUGCAGCUAGUCACCCACAUACCUCAAAUCCAUUCCUCUGCCACAACGGCGUGGAUUCUGCAUCCCUCUCGACUACUGGAACGCGGCCCGCUUCUGGUCCUCGUUCCCUGAUAAACAUUGCGGAAGAUACAGAGGAUCCUAAUUCUCACAGCGCAAUACAAAGACAGGCUUCAGUAGAAUUGCCCACCUUAAACGAAGAAGAUACGUGUACUGCAGUCGAUACAGGGACUGACUCUGGUCCUGCGAAUAGUGCAGCUAGUUCUCAGAACACAGCUCCUCCUAUAGCAGAACGUAUUCAUUCUCCAGGAUUUAUCCCAACCAAAAAGAUCAGUAACUUGUCUUUGAAUGAAACAAACCAAUCUCCAUUCUCGCCACAAAGUACUGGACCUCCAGAUCAAUCUUUAUCACCGCUCUUCUCUACCGCUGCAAAUAAUAACAAUGGACAUUCCAUUUCAAGGUCAUCUAGUAUGGCAUCAAGACAUAGUGCAACCACACCAAUUGGCGGACUAAACAGUAGUGGAAGCUCAUUAGCGUCUGCAGUACGCUCCAAAGUUAAAAAAACGCUUCAUCGGCAUCACGAAUGCAGUGGAAAGCCAUUGGUCUGUAAUAGAUAA